AUGGCUCUAAACAAGUUGAAAUCAUUACAAAACCCUGUUUCAGGGACGAAUUCUCCAUCGUCUCUGUCAAUAAAAUCCAAAAAUUCAACAUCAGCUGCAUUGGACACUGACGACAUUGAUGAGGAAGAUGAAUCAGGACAGAACAUUAUACUUAACAUUAUAUCACAGCUUAAACCGGGAAGUGACCUUUCUAGAAUCACACUACCCACAUUUAUCCUAGAAAAGAAAUCCAUGCUGGAAAGAAUUACAAAUCAACUGCAAUUUCCCGACUUGGUCUUAGAUGCACAUUCUGAAAAGGAUGAUUUGCAACGUUUUGUGAAAGUAGUCAAAUGGUAUUUAGCAGGCUGGCAUAUUGCACCCAAGGCAGUGAAAAAACCUUUAAACCCAGUCUUAGGUGAACAUUUUACAGCAUAUUGGAAUCUACCUAACAAGCAACAAGCUUUUUAUAUCUCCGAACAAACAAGUCAUCAUCCUCCUGAGUCAGCGUAUUUUUUCAUGAUUCCGGAGUCUCAUAUUAGAGUCGAUGGGGUUUGUAUACCAAAAUCUAGAUUUUUGGGAAAUUCAAGCGCUGCAAUGAUGGCAGGAUUGACGGUUUUACAAUUCUUAGAUCUUAAGGAUUCAAAGGGAAAUCCUGAAAAAUACACUCUAUCACAACCAAACAUGUACGUGAGGGGAAUUCUUUUUGGUAAGAUGAGGAUUGAAUUGGGGGAUCAUAUGAUCAUAAAGGCUCCAAAAUUUCAAGUUGAUAUAGAAUUUAAAACAAAGGGUUUCAUAUCAGGAACAUAUGAUGCUAUAGGAGGGGUUAUUAAGGAUUAUAAUGAUAAAGAGUACUAUGAAAUAUCGGGGAAAUGGAAUGAUAUUGUGUAUAUUAGAGACUUAACUGUCAAAGGCUCUAAGAAAACGAUCCUAUUUGACACACAUAAACAUUUCCCUUCAAGACCAGAAGUUCGUCCCUUAAAUGAACAAGGAGAGUAUGAAUCAAGAAGAUUAUGGAAGGAAGUCACAGAUGCACUUGCUAUUCGUGAUCAUGAAGUUGCAACAGAAAAGAAAUUCCAAAUUGAAAAUUAUCAAAGAGAAUUAGCGAAAAAGAGAAUCGAAGAUGGUGUUGAAUUUCAUCCAAAACUUUUUAGAAGGGCAAACCCUGGAGAGGACUUGGAUUAUUAUAUUUAUAAGCAUAUCCCUGGAGGUGAUAAUUUUGAAGAACAAAUUAAGAGUAUUCUGGAAAUAGCUCCAAUCUUACCUGGACAGAAUUUUACUGAUAAAUUCAAAAUACCCGCCUACAAGAAACAUGAGGUUCAACAACGGAUACGUUCCCAAUUAAAAACUUCAGAAGAAAGUUGA